AAUAUUGUCUCUUAUCGCCACGUCUGGUUGGAAUAUUUUCAAAUCAACCAGUUCACUCCUAGCAUCCCCUGCGUUUUUAUAUUACAAGAAUAUUGUAACGCAGGAGACCUGAAGACUUACGUAAUGCCGUAUUUGAAUAGCUUUAGUACUAAGGAGUUAUUGAAAGAGAGAAUACGAAGGCGCCAAGAAUUGCCACAAGCAGAAGUAGUAGCUCCAGUUUUGCCGCAGAGAAGACUGUCCAUCGAAGAGGUUGCCACAAUACUUAAGAACAUAACAACUGGCCUUGCAUAUUUACAUGAGAAUGGACAUCUCCAUCAGGAUCUGAAACUAUCAAAUGUUUUACUUCAGCAGCAGGAUACUGAGUUCCGCGCUCUGAUUAGCGAUUUUGGGGAUGUUCGGGUCGAUCAGAAACCGGACACCCAAUAUAACUAUGACUCCAGACCACAGGACGGCUACAUUGCUCCUGAGCUGCUGAAGCAAGAUGAAUACGGCCAAUAUGGAAAUUACAGUACGAAAUCGGACGUUUUCUGCCUUGGCCUCAUCUUGCACUUCAUGUGUUUUGGUAGACUGCCUUUCGAAGCACCGAGGCUCAGCCUUGGUGAGGAAGACACGGAUCUCGAGAUUCCCAGAGAAGCAAUAGUAUCAUGGUCCGGAUUCCAAAUGACCAGCACGUACAGGAUUGAACGACCUGAUUUACCACUACUUCUCUACAACUUGCUGGGCAGAUUACUAGCUUUGCGCCCUACUGAUAGGCCAUCUGCAGAGGAAAGUUUGAACACUUUACGCAGCGGGCAAGGUCUCUGA